GCGCGGAGCUCCAGGCGCGCCUUGGCACAGCUGGCGAGCGCGUCUUCUCUUGGAGCGAAACCUGAGCCGGGGUCCGGAGCGAGCCGGGCUCGGCUGGGGCUUUUUUGGGGGGCAGCUGCGUCGUGGUUCCCGAGCGGACAGAGGAAUGAGCCCGGGCUGAAUCAGUUCCCACGCUCUUCUCCUUGCGCUCUCCGCCGUCCGCCCCGUCCGCCUUCGCCUCGCCGCCUUCUCGGGCUCUCCCCAUGGCGGGCUCGUCGCCUCCCCCGGCUUACUCCGACCUCAAGCGGGGCCGGGAGAAGAGCUGCAGCGGCGCCGAGCUCCAGCUGAACGGCGCCGAGGAUAUCCCGGGCCCCGAAGAGGAAGAGGAGCCGCGUCCCGCGCCCAAAAACUACUUGUGGCUGAGCAUUUUGUCCUGCUUCUGCCCUGCGUACCCCGUCAACAUCGCCGCCUUCGUUUUUUCGAUCAUGGCGCUAAACAGCUACAAUCAAGGCGACAUUGAAGGAUCGAAAAGGCUGGGCCACACGGCUCUGCUGGUCGCCAUUGCGUCAAUUCUGAUCGGUGUCUUGAUGAUUGCAAUCCUUUGUAUUGUCCAUUAUACUACGCACACCAUCUGAAUGCAGAGACGCGGGAUGUGAACGUAUCCCAUCUCCAGGCCCGUGACACAGGGGGAGGGUCUGUACCCAGGAAGAAAAUGUAAACACGGAUGCUCAACAAAGCAAACCCAGAUCUGGUUUGUUCCAUUUUUAUCUUACAAACCUGGCUCGAGGCACAGGUGAAAAUCUCCAGUGAUCGUUUGCUGGCGGUGGGUUCCCUGUGUCGAGAGAUUAGCAGUUCCCUCCCCUCCGAAGAACCGAAAACAGGAAAAAAGGGGGAAAAAAUAAUUACCCGUCUUUCUUAAAGAACGUCUUUAUGGAACUCCCUUUUGGCAACCCUCUGUUCCCUUUUCCUGCACGCCAGAAGUGUAACGUGUAGCUCGCCUGCCCUGUCCUCGGCUUUUGCACUCGGCUGUCUCCCAGGCUGGAGAUCUUUGCUGGCUGAACUUUCCGGAUCGGUGAAUGGAUGCAAGAUCUGUCCCACAGGUGGAGUUUCCUGGGACUUCUGACUUCCAUCCAUGAACCCAACGUAGCAUCUCAGGGCACCAGAGGUGAAGGGAUCCAUAGGACACAUCCACACCCAGGAGAUGUUUUCAGCCUCCUCCUUUUUUCUCUCUCUUGGGCAGGAAUGAAUCUGACCCUCCUUACAAUAUCUGUCAUGCGUCUGUUUUGAUCAUGCCUCUUCUCACUGGCUGUGUACCCCUUUCUGUCUGCGAGUUGCAGAAAGCAUGCAUUACCUAGAGAACGACAACUCCUUGGUGGCUACCUGAAGGAAUGAGGGUGGGGGUGGGGGGGGAUAAACCCAUCGCUUUCGAUGUCUUUUGGGAUGAUUUACUCUGUAAAAAGAAGGAAAUCAACGCUUGGAAAUCAAAGUUAUUAUCUGCUCCUUGGACUUCUGCGAAAGAUACGGUUUUGGGGGGGUGGGGUGACGCUGAGAAGCCGAGAAACCAAAGGCAUGAAAAAGGGGAGUUGAAAUUUAAUCAGGUCGAGUAUGUUGUUACCGUGAAAAAAAAAAAUCCAAUCUUUCCCUUUGUGGUGCUGGAUCCAGAAAUCCUUGACAGGAUGGCAGUGAGGAAUGUAAUGUCUCUUGGUUUACGAGCCAGGGGUAUGGGAAAAGGUUCAGGUAUUCCACCUAUUUUAUUUACACCUAUUUUUUCAAAGGUGAUUUCGUGGUCAUGAAUCGGGGGGGGGGAGGGGAUUCAAGAUCCCUGGUCAGGUUGCAGAAUGAAAAGUCCUGCUUGUUAAGGAAUUCAAAGAAUAAACUUGCAUUGGUUUGUA